AUGUGUCUAUUGUGUGAGUUACAAAACGGGAGGGGGCGGGAAAUAGGUGUGAAAUACGGGAGACUACUGGGAAAAAACUCAGAAGAACUGAAACUGAAUGAAAUCGCCUACCAACCUUCGUUUUAUACCUGGAUCUCCGGGCAGAGUCACGUGCUGAUUUCAAACAUCCACUCAGAAACAACUGCAGAUGUAACACCAAUUCUGACGGUGCAGCCACAGACAUCUAUGUUCAUUGGAGACACAGUUACUCUGAUCUGUGAGGUUCAUCAGUCCACUGGAUGGAAGUUUUUCUUUGGAUACCCAUCAAACACCGAAUCCACUGAAACUACAGGAAAUAAAACAAUUAGAUCAGUGCAAGUCUCUGAUGGAGGAAAGUACUGGUGCAGAGCUGGAAGAGGAAACCCUCUGGCUUCAACACAAUACAGUAAACCAAUAACAGUGACAGUAAAGAAAAGACCAACACCUCAAGUGUCUGUUUUGCCUGCUGAUCAUGUAUUCAGAGGAGAAACUGUCAAUCUAACAUGUGUCAUCAAUGGAGGAGGAGUCAGCAGCUGGCAGUACAGCUGGUAUAAAGAUUCAAUCAUCCAGCAGAAUAAACUUCAGUAUUACACAAUCAGAUCUGUUAUUGCGUCUGAUGCAGGUAAAUACACCUGUAGUGGAACAGAGACCAGAGGAUCACGAUACUCACACAUCAGUAAUGCAGUUACACUGACAGUAUCAAAGAUUCUUAAACCUGUAUUGAGUGUUGAUCCUGACACACAACUGUUCAGAGGAGAAACUGUUACUCUGAGAUGUGACAUACAGGAUACAGGAGACACUGAGUGGACAUACAGCUGGACUGUAGAGAAGACAAAUAACAGAAAUAUAAUCACACAAUGCAACACACAAGAAUGUAAAAUUAACAACAUUCAACAGACUGACAGUGGUAAAAACACCUGUAGAGGAAAGAUACGUGAACAAAACACUGAGAUGAGUGAUGCUGUUACACUGACUGUAUCAUCAGAUAAACCACAGACAGUUUUAAGUGUUUCUCCACAGCAGUGGUUGACUGAAGGAGAUUCAGAGACACUGAUGUGUGAGGUUAGAAGUUCAACUACAGGCUGGACAUUCAGCUGGUUCACUGUACAGAGUCUUAACUCAGUGAAUAAAGAUGAUUAUGAGCUGGUGUCAAACAGCAGUGGAGGAUCUAAAGGCAUCUACACAGUGAGUUCAGUGACUGUGAAGCACACAGGAGUUUAUAUGUGCAGAGCAGAGAGAGGAGAUCCAGUCUAUCACACAGAGUACAGUAACACACAAACACUGUGGAUCACUGGUGUUUCUCCUUCAGUCUCUCUGAUCAUCAGACCCAACAGAUCUCAACACUUCUCAUCUGAAUCUCUCUCUCUGAGCUGUGAGGAUCACAGUAACUCUACUGGAUGGACAGUGAGAAGAUACACAGACAAACUGAAAUCUUGUUCAUCAUCAGACUGGAGAUCUACAGGAACAACAUCUACAUGUACAAUCAGAUUUCUCCUCACAUCUGAUACUGGAGUGUACUGGUGUCAGUCUGAAUCUGGAGAGAAACUUCAUCCUGUUAAUAUCUCAGUACACUAUGCUGCUGUGAUUCUGGACAGUCCUGUUCAUCCUGUGACUGAAGGAGAUCCUCUGACUCUACGCUGUUUAUAUCGAGAUAAAAACCCCUCUAACAUGAGAGCUAAAUUUUAUAAAGAUGGAUCAAUGGUGCAGACUACAGGAGACAUGAUGAUCAUCCCUACAGUCUCAAAGUCACAUGAGGGUUUCUACUACUGUAAACACCCAGAGAGAGGAGAGUCUCCAAAGAGCUGGAUCUCAAUCAGAGGUGAGAGUGUUUUUCAGGAGAUGUUUGGGCUCAAGAUUUUCACUUAUCUGCUGGCAGUUUGUCCAUAUCUGUUAGCGACAGUUGUUCUGGUUUUUAAAUGCUGUAGACUGAGAGGUGAAACAUCUGUCUGAUUUAUUGGGUCAUUAUACAAAUUAGUCUGUCUUGUCAUGAUCACUGAAUGUGGCUGGAUUAUAGCUGGAUAAAAUAACAUUAACUCUUUCACCGCCAGCGUUUUUAAAAAAAGUUGCCAGCCAGCGCCAGCGUUUUUCAUGAUUUUCACCAAAGUUUAAUGCCUUCCAGAAAAUGUUCUUCUUUAAAUAUAUAAACAUACAAUAUACCAAAUGAAAGAACAGAGCCUCUGCUUUCAAACAAAAAAAAACGUUUCAUCCUACCUUUAGUGGU